GAAGAAUGUUUGCGUCUAUUUGAGGUCCAAUGGGCAGCUUGUACACUGAUCCGCCUAUUGAAUUCAAAUGUGGCCGAGGAGACAAGCAAUUCCAAAUCAGUUGGUCAUUUGGUUCUAGCAGAGGAAAAAGCAACAAUCCUCCUGGACGAACAAGUGCAUGCCGCCGAUCAGUCGCCUGUUUCACGACAUUAUGGUGCUCGUGAUGUUAGUCUCAUCAAUUCUUUGAUCGGUUCGGAGUUUGUCGUACGGCUUCCCGGUGCAGACGGCACCCAACUGAAACGGCUAGCUUCUGGUGACGUUACCAGAAGAGUGGCGGAUAAUCCUUGGUACCGCACAGCCACUUUGCGAUACACGCAUUCACUGGACUCGGAAUCCAGUCAUGCCAACAUUCAGAACGCUGUGAUUCCUUUGUCCUCGGACAGACAUGAAAUGCAUCCGGAAAGCGCAAACCAACAACUCGUAUCGGAAAAGAACUCUUUCAAUACGGAAUGUAAACCUGAUCGGGUUGAGAAUGCACGCCCAGUUUGUAAACAAGAACCGCUUACUCGUCCGACCAGCGCAGCCACAACACCCUGUCAGAUGAUGGACACGCACCUGCCAGAACCGAAGGAACUCGGUCACGGUAAUCCUUUUUUACUAUUUUUGUGUUUUUCCUUGUUACAGGAAUAUCGAGAGGAAAUUUUUACCAAGGUGACAGAUGUCAGUGAUAUGGUGUUCUUCUUUCAACAAAAAUCUAAAAAACAUGAUCUGACGCGCAUCCUCCACCGCGCGCGUACUCAAUUCAUCAAUUAUCUUCAAGACUAUGGUUUCUUUUUGCCCUGA